AUGGCGGUGAGUUUCGCUGAUUGUUAAUUAUGUUUUUGAAUUUUUGUACGUUUUUUCAAGAUUAACCGUUCCCGUCAUCGUUUUGCUCGCAGGAAAAAACUCUGGACCUGAGGUACAAUGAAAUGUGGACGGCUUGGAACAACGCCGAGACCGGGACGGAGGUGUACGACGACGAUGACGAUUCAGCGACACUGUUCAAACGCGACUUGGUGCUGUCUUGGAAACAGUUGAACGUUACGGUCGACAAGAAAAUUCCCAAGUUUUUCGGCCGGAGUGAAAUCGCGCGCAAGCAAAUUUUGGACAACGGUAACAAUGAUAAAAAUAAAAUUUCAAUCGAAUUCGAUUGACGCCGAUUCCGAAAACGUGUCGGCUUUUGUGUUAGGUACGGCGCGGCUAGGCAGGCAGGUACCGCGGUGGCGGCUCGCGGGCGCGACAGUAUGGAAAAGUCCCACGUCUCGGUUUAAUUAUUACAAAUAAAAUAUUAAAAAUAUUACAUUGACGCACGGGUACUUUUAUAAUAGUUUUAUUUUUAUAACAGCUAUAACGUUCCAAACGACAUUUUUACGACUAACUUCGCGAUUAACCGUUCUUAUCUUGCAAUAUUGUCGCCGGUCACAAUAACGCUCUCUGCGAGCGUGCGAGUCGAAGAGAUCGUGGAAAAUCCCGUUAUUCUUGAUGUUGUUAUUUUAUUUUACUGGGCUCCGGACUUUGCCGGCUUCUGUAUGUAUUUUGAGUCGGAUUGUGAUAAACGGACAGUGACGUUUUUCGCCGGCUCCGGCGUACAUUUGCGGCCGGCGACCGCGCUUGGAGGAACACGGUGACCGGCCGUCGAAAAACCGGUGGAUAAAAAAUGGAUGCCUCACCGAACGUAUUGGAGAGUCGUCCCUUUGUGUCCCGUCCGAUUGAUAUUAAAUUUGGCGGGAGCGGUCUUGCGGUCACCUAAAGGCCGUUUCCAAAGUUUGUUUGUGACCGGAUGAAUUCCGGGCCGAGUCAAAUUAUUUGGCGUUGAAACCAUUCUGUUGCCACUAAAUCCCGCAGAUAUGUACUUUAUGCGAAAAUCAGAAGUGGGGCGGAAGUACUGUUACUAUGAAAUGCACCUAACACAACUAUACAUUGUAUUAGUGAAGAUCCUGCACCGGUACCGUGUAAAAACUAAAAACUGCCGAGUGUUGGCGCUUAAAUGCCCUAGGAAUUUCAUAUAUCCCCGGAAAGUAUGGUAAAUCCGGAGGGGCGGGGAGUAUACGAACACUAGAAUUAUGGUACCGAGGGGUAUGAUUUGCCUGUUGCGCCGGGUCACGGUAAAGUGCACGUAAAAUAAUAAUAUGAAUGAACGUGCGCGCGUUUUUGUCGUCCGGUCACCCGAAAUCUAUUUCAUUUCUUACAUAAGUUCGCAAACAUUAUUUUUCCAAUAUUGUUAUUAAUAGUUUUACAAUAAAAUAUUAUGUUAUUAACUCUACCGGAUUUCGUAAAUAAUAUUUAUAUCCAAGCCCGGAUUAAGAUGAUUUUGGGCCUGGGUCCACAAACAUGUUCAAAAUAUUGGAAAAACGAUUUGAACUCGUAUAAGUCAUAUAUUAUGUAAAUAAACUUUACUCAUAAGUCGUGGUAUGAUAAUAAUAAUAAUGUACGGUCUGAGAUUAGGUAAUAGUUCUUAGAGUUGAGUGUCUCGCCAUUUCAUCAAGCACCGAAUCGGAUUUAACUUCAAUGUCUGCAUGUAUCACGUUUAAAGUGGCCAUUCCAUUAAGUCUCUGCUGUCUUGUGGUGUAGUGUUUCUUAAAUAGAAUUCGUAAAAAACUCACAAACAUAUUUCGGGGAGGGGAGGGAGGGUCACAACCUUUAACUCCUCCGGGUUGGGCCAUUGCUCCCGUUACACUAUAAUAGUCUCGUUACAACCGAUGAUACGUCAAAACCACGAUUAAAAAUAUACCCAUUAUAGGUACAAGUGGGUAUAGGUACAAUAGGUACAAUUUAUCUCUUUAAUCGUGGUCAAAACGAAUAAUGAAAUAUUGUAUGUUAUUAUUUUCUAAUUUUAAUGAAGAUCAACCGAACAAUUUUCGUAAAUUUAAAAUAAAAUCGUAAUUUAUUCUUUCCUUCGAUUUUACGCAGGGGUUGUGAUCGUCCAAGCCACCAGCCGCCACCCCGUGCCUAUCGAUAAAAUCACUUAUUACAAAUAUUUAUAUCGCAUUAUUAUCGUUACCGACAUUAUACUAUGAACAGUUAUUUCAAGUCUUUCUUGACUAAUAUUUGAUGAUUUUAUUUUUGUUUUUCAAACAGACCAGUUAAAGGCACUCUAUCCAUAAGCGCUUAAAAAAAAUACCUAGUAGACUUUUUUCUGUAUCACACUGAAUAAGAGUAGGUACCUAUUUUUUCAUCCAAAAUAGAUUUUCCUUAUGGUAAAAUCGAACAGAAUCAAUAAAUACGAUUAGUGUACAACAUAAUUUGUGCAUAUUGAUUAGCCUAAAAUAAUAGUUUGUGUCUUAAAUUAUAUUAAUAUUAAUAUUAUAUAAUAUGAUUUAAGAUUUAUGUAGGUACUAUCAUACAGGUCCAUGUCAUAUUAUUUGUUUUCAACUAAAUUGGUAACUUAUCAAAAUGUAAAACUUUUCAUAUUAAAAUCCGAAAAUUUUAAAUAAUUGAAUACCUACCCACAUCAUUUACAUUUUAUGUAUUUCUAUAAAUUACGUAACAUGGUAUUUCCUCAAUAAGAUAUUAUGUAAAACUGCUUAUGGACAAGAAUUGAAUUUUAUAUUUUCUGAAAAAAUUAUUUCAUUGUAUGUAAAUUGGUAUUUACACAGUAUAUAGUUUGAUUUGUGUUUUCUGUUGUAAGUGAAUACAAAUUAUUAAAGAUUGAAAAAAAAAUAUUUGGUUAUUUUAAAAUAAGUAAUUUAUUAAUUUUAUACUUUAAUAAAAUGUAUUGCAAAAUGAAAAGUACACAUAAUAAUUUUGUUGUAAUUUAAAUUAUAUAAUUUGUAUACUACAAUAACACAUAGUUUUAUAUUUUAGUUAGCGGCAAUGUUGAAUGUGGAACUCUUUUGGGAAUUAUGGGGCCAAGGUAGGUUGCAUCUAAUUUUCAUGUUUAGGUACUUUGUACUUAAACUGUAAACUGUAACUUACAUAUUACUUUCUUUCUUUGGCUAUAGCGGUUCAGGAAAAACUACACUCAUGGCUACAAUAAGUCAUCGAACAAAGGGUCAGUAAAAAAUUUGCAUUAAAAAAAAUAAUAAUAAUUAAAACUGGUGUCUAAAAUAUAUGAUAUUGUUUUUAAAGGAAAUUUUGAAGGAGAGCUUUUACUGAAUGGACGGCCAGUAUCUGAAGAUAUUAUGAUAAAAAUAUCAGGAUUCGUUGCUCAAGAAGACAUUAGUUUUAAUCAGUUAACAGUUUUGGAACAACUCAAGCUGAUGGUUAGUAUAAUAAUAGUCUCUGAUUAUGCACUGUAUAUAUUAGUAGAUAUAAUUAUUAUUCAAUUAUCUGUUUUAUGCACACCACCAACUUCGUUCCAUCAUUCUCCAAUAACCUUUAGCCACAUUCUUUUUAUCUCAUUUUAUCACCCUAGAAGAUUUUAGGUUAGACCCUAACUCAGGGUCUCUCUAUAAUUUUACUUAUAUAGUACUAGUCAGUAAGUUGUAUUAGUGUUUUUGGGCCUUGGUCUGUAAUGUUACACAUAAUUAAAUUUAAAAAAAAAAAAAAUAUGUACAAUAUAAUAUUAUUUUUGAAGGCCAAAUUAAAAAUGGAUCGUGGCGCAACCCACAAAGUAAUCAAAGAUCGUAUAGAUCAUCUUGCAGUCCAUUUAGGAUUGAAUAAAAUUCUGGACACCCGGUUGUGUUAUUUAUCUGGCGGAGAACGAAAAAAAGUUGCCUUAGCCGUUCAACUCAUAAACGAUCCACCAAUUUUAUUUUGCGAUGAAAUAACUACAGGAUUGGAUAGUUACUCUGCUGCACACAUAAUAAAUACCCUGAGGAGAGUUGCUCAAAGCGGAAAGAUUGUCAUAUGUACUAUACAUCAACCAGCCUCUGGUGUGUUUGAUCAAUUUCAAGAAGUUAUACUUUUGACAAACGGACGAUUAGCUUAUCAAGGAUCUGUAUCGUUGGUGAACGAUCUUUUUCAAAAGUAUGCCCAUGAAAUAGUCCUAUAUAAACUACUUACGCCCAAUAAUAAUCUUCUUUUUUUUUAGAUACAGUUAUAUUUGUCCUGCCACAUACAACAAGGCUGAUUUUAUUGUAUCAAUUUUAAAUUCUGACAGUGUGAUAGAUAAAAAAAAUGUAAACAAGAUGUGUGAACUAUCGUCGACUGUAGCACAGAUGGAUAUAAAGUAUAAUUCAUUCAAUAAAGACGUAAAUAAAUUUUAAAUUAAUUAUUUUAAAUCAAUAUUCAUAUCAAUUUUUUAAUAUUAUUUUGUCAGUUUUUAUAGUUUAAUUCUUUUAUUCUUUUUUUUUUUUUAUGUUUAGGUUCAGUCUGAAUAUGAACACCACUUACAAGCGUAAGUAUUUUCAUAUUAUGUAAUUUUAGUUAACUCUAUUAUAUUUUUUAAAUUUUUGUAUCAGAGAAAAGCUACAUUGGAUAUUACAAGUAUUACUUUUGCUGUAUAGAUCUGCUACAUGUUUCAUAAGAAAUUAUAAAGAAAAAUUAUUAGAAUUUGUAACAUUGAUGGUAAAAAUUAAAAUUGAACAGUAGUAGAUAGCUUGUAUUAUUAGAACAGUUUAUAACAAUAACUAUUAUGUGUUAUAGUUUUUAGGUGUUAUUACUUCUACUCCAUAUGUAAACCUACAAUUUGACACAAAAGCAGUUCAAAAUUGGGAAGGAUUUUGGUUGUGCUUAGUUAUCAAUACUGUGUUUCAGUUUAGUUAUUCUGCUAUCCCUUUACACCAAAUUAAGUUCUCGGUUGUCCACCGGGAAGUUAGUAAUAAAGUUUAUUCAUUGAGUGCAUAUUACAUAUCAGAAUUAAUCGUGAAUGUAAGUAUGCAAAAUUAAUAAUAUUUUAUUUUAUUUUAUUGUUCUUAUAAUACAAAUAUAUAUGUUGUUUUUAGUCCAUCUGGUUAAUGAUUAAGACAGUAUUUUUUUGCCUUCUUGUGUUUUGGAUUGUCGGAGUCAAUUGGACUUAUAUGCAAAUUGUGGUAUUUUUGAUUGUAACAUAUGCAUCAUUUACAUACGGUAAUUAAUAAUUAAACUCAAUGUUGCUUUUUAUUUUUAUUUGACACAUUAAGUUAGUCAAAAUGUAUAAUGUACUUAUAUGAAUUCAAACAAAUUUAUUGUAGGGUGUUUGUUAUCUGCGUCUUGUAAUCGUAUAGAAGAAGCUGUUGUCUAUUCCAUAGUUUACGAAUAUUUAGCAUUGCCUCUCAGUGGUGCCUAUUUAUCUUUCAGGUAAGUUAAAAAAUAUACCAAAUAAUUAUUGUUCUAUUAAAUUAAUUGUGAUUUGUCUCUUAGGUCUUUGCCAAACAUAUUAUUUAAUUUAAGAUACUUGUCAUUGUUUUUCCUUGGCUGCGAAUCAUUAUCAACACUAUUUUGGGAUAAAAUAAAAUCUUUACGUGAGUAUAAUAAUAUUAUAUUUUAGUUAAUAAUAUGAAAUUAAUAUUUUUAGAUAUUUGUUUUGAUUGUUAUUCUUUAAAAUAUUUCAGCUUGUAUCGAACCUGCUAACUGUUUGGACAGUGGAAAAGCAGUUUUAAAUAAAUUUGGUUUUGUCAGUGAAGAUUUAUAUUUUGAUUUAAUGGUAUUAAUCACAUUUUCAUUAUUAGGAAAUAUAUUUAGUUAUUUUGGAAUAGUUCAAAGAAUGAAAAAACAACCAGCCUAUUAA